AUGAGCACGGAGGAAGUGAAAAAGAAGCCAGUGGGGGAUAAGCAGCCAGAGCUAGGUGGCUUGGAGGGUGAGACUGUCUUAGCAGUCGAGAGUGGUGUGCAAAUCAACGCCGCAGGCUACCGCGACCAGCUGAAGCGACAAUACAACCUAGUAGGACUUGCUGGAAUCGCACUGACGGUUGACAAUGCGUGGGCGGCUUUGGGAUCCUCAAUCUCGGUUUCGAUAGCUAACGGCGGUCCUACUGGUCUUAUCUUCGGGCUUAUCGUUGCCGUCUUCUACUAUACGUUCAUCGGGCUCAGUCUUGCCGAGCUCGCCUCCUCGGUGCCAACGGCUGGAGGUGUAUACCACUGGGCGACAAUCGCAGCCGGUCCCAAAUGGGGCCGCGCUGUAGGAUUCUUCACCGGCUGGAUCAACUUCUAUGGCUGGUUGUUCGAUUUGGCGGCUUUGAUCCAGAUUGCAUCAAACAUCUUGGUGCAGAUGUACGCAAUCUACCAUGGUGGCUAUGUUGCAGAAACAUGGCAUGUCUACAUUGGUUAUAUUUUGGUGCUGUGGCUAUCGACAGCUGUAGUGAUCUUCGCCAAUAGGUUGGUGCCGUACACGCAACAUGCAGGCAUGUUUUUUGUCAUCGUAGGAGGCAUCAUCACCAUUAUCGUCGUGGCUGCAAUGCCAAAGCAGCAUGCUUCGAACACCUUUGUCUGGAACUCGUUCGACGAGAACAAUUUCACUGGCUGGCCAGGUGCCGUAGCUUUUUUGACAGGAGUGCUGAAUGGCGCUUUCACCGUGGGAACUCCAGAUGCCAUCACCCACAUGGCCGAGGAGCUCCCCCAACCCAAGAAGGAUCUGCCCAAGGCAAUUGGUCUCCAGAUCGGCCUGGGAGGGUUGUAUGCGUUUGUCUUUGCCAUCACUCUCGGGUACGCGAUUACAGAUAUCGAGGCGCUUCUUGGAGACAGCAACAACUACCCACUAGCCACGAUAUACGCCCAGGCCACGGGCAGCACUGGAGCCACGUUUGGUCUGCUUUUCAUUCUCUUGAUAGGCACCUUGUGCUGUUGCGUUGGGACUGUGCUUACCUGCUCUCGAAUUUAUUGGGCCUUGGCUCGUGACAAUGCCGUCCCAUUCUCGCCGCUCUUUGCGGAAGUCAACGAGAGCCUCAGCUGCCCGAUCUAUUCGACUCUGUUUGUGUCAGUAGUGGCCACGGGAUUGGGUGCGAUUCCUCUUGGCAGCCCGACCGCAUUUGUCAACCUAACCGGUUCCUUCAUUGUGUUGACAACACUAUCAUACGCGAUUCCAUUUGUGGCCAACAUGGUGACGGGAAGAAAGUAUUUCCCAGCAGGACCAUUCCAUCUCGGCAAGUUUGGAUAUGCCAUCAACGGCUUGGCGGUGCUUUUCAUUGCAUUCUUUGGAAUAUUCUUCUGUUUCCCAUACGCGUACCCGACUGAUGCGGAAACCAUGAAUUACAACUCGGUGAUCUUGGUCGGAGUUAUAGCACUCUCUGCCAUUUGGUGGGUGCUUCAUGCCAUCAGGAACUACCCGGGACCGAAGGUGAUGCAUUUGUAUAUUCACGACGACUCGGUGGCUGUAGAACAGACGGGUCUCUCAGAGAAGCCUCCUCGGUCUUGA